CAAUGGUGGUACUUGGCGCCUUGCCCUUCGCACCUCCCCUCCGGGAUGGGGGAGGGGCUUGGAAGGAACGUCGCUCGUCCUCCCUCCCGUAACCGUCGCUUGAGGUGGUUGGUUCUCGUUCCCGUUGAACUCUCCGGUUCGUUCGUUGUCCAGCCUAUCUAAGGCUUCCCGGUGCUCGUCGGAGGCGGUUCGUGCCCAGCCACGCGGGGGCGGUAGCGACCAGGAUUGUUUGAAAAAUGCCCACCAGGAAGUUUGCUGAUGAAGAAGUGGUAAUGGGACGAUGGCCAGGAAGUGUCCUCUAUUAUGAAGUUCAAGUAGUUAAUUAUGAUGACCGCACUCAUCUUUACACUGUAAAGUAUAAAGAUGGAACUGAGCUUCAACUGAAAGAAAGUGAUAUGAGGUCAGUGUCGUCCUUUCGGUUCAGAAAAAGCAGCUCUUCUUCAGCUUCUCCAUCAAGACGCAGUGGUAGCAGAUCUAGAUCUCGUUCACCAGGACGGCCAGCAAAGCACAAACGUCGUUCUACCUGUCGAAGCAGAGAGCCCAAAAAUGAUACAAAGAAUAUGAUCGGAGAGCCUAAUUUAAUUCCUUUGAAACUGCAUGAAAACAAUACUAACCAAUAUAAUGGGGAGCCAGAUAUCACAGAAGUGGUUAACUCUUCUCGCAACAUUUUAGAGCGCCAAAGAAUCGGAUCGGAUCUGGAGAUAGACCGCAUGCUGGAACGGUACAGCUUGCAUUCAAGAAAAGAAAAGAGACAAGAUAUAUAUUCAGAAGAGAUACAUUUUGAGACACCAAAACCUGUUGGGAAAAUAUGCAUGAAGACAAAGGAACUAGAGUUCGGAGGGAAAAUUGGUGCUUUCUUCAUGAUAUUUCUACUGCCUGCAGCUGUCUUUUACUUGUUGUUGAUGUGCAAACAGAAAGACCCCAGUGUUCUGAAUUCUCCUCCUUCCCUCCCAGCUUUUGAAAGUUUAUGGGAGACAAGAGUAUUUGGUGUCUUUCUGCUUUGGUUCUUUCUCCAAGCCCUGUUUUAUUUACUGCCUGUAGGAAAGGUUGUAGAAGGAGUACCUCUUUUGAAUGGAGUUAGACUGGAGUACAGGAUAAAUGGAUUCUAUGCUUUUAUCCUAACUUCUGCAGCUGUAGCAAUUUCCCUGUAUUUUGAAAUGGAGCUUUACUAUUUACAUGACCAUUUCCUGCAGUUUGCUGUUUGUGCUACAGUUUUCUCUGUGGUAUUAAGCAUUUAUCUGUAUGUCCGUUCCCUAAAAGCACCUGAGCAUGAACUAUCAUCUGGAGGAAAUUCUGGAAACAUCAUUUAUGAUUUUUUUAUGGGGCGUGAAUUAAAUCCUCGCAUUGGAAAUUUUGACCUGAAAUACUUCUGUGAGUUACGACCAGGGCUAAUUGGCUGGGUGGUUAUUAACUUUUCAAUGCUCUUAACUGAGAUGAAAGUGCAACAUCAGAAUACACCCUCUCUGUCGAUGAUUCUAGUUAAUAGUUUUCAGCUUCUCUAUGUGAUGGAUGCUCUUUGGAAUGAGGAAGCAAUUUUGACAACUAUGGAUAUCACCCAUGAUGGUUUUGGGUUCAUGCUAGCAUUUGGAGACUUGGUGUGGGUCCCUUUCCUCUACAGUUUACAAGCCUUCUAUUUAGUGAAUCAUCCUAAUGAGAUUUGUUGGUCUACAGCUUUUGCAAUUGUGGCUCUGAAUAUCCUUGGGUAUUGCAUUUUUCGUGGUGCAAAUUCACAGAAAAAUGCAUUUCGGAGGAAUCCAAAAGAUCCAAAACUUGCUCAUUUGAAAGUUAUUCCCACUGCAACUGGAAAAAACCUUCUGGUCUCUGGCUGGUGGGGCAUGGUGCGCCAUCCAAACUAUCUAGGGGAUAUCAUCAUGGCUCUGGCGUGGUCCCUACCAUGUGGUUUUCACCAUAUUUUACCAUAUUUCUAUGUCAUAUAUUUUACUGGUUUGCUUAUUCAUCGAGAAACCCGUGAUGAACGACAGUGUAAGAAGAAAUAUGGCUUAGCAUGGGAAAAAUACUGUCAACGUGUACGGUAUCGCAUAUUUCCAUACAUCUAUUGAGUCUUUUUAAAUCAGCGGGUGACCCAUAGCUUCUGCAGUUAAAUCUUCUUUGCAAUAAAUCACAUACCUCAUACCGUUGCACUUGGUGUGUAUGUUAAUUCUGCUGGAAUUUCUUAGAUAUGUUGAGAUAGAAAAUUAGCAAAUACCUUUUCCAAUAAUCUCUUUUGGACAUGAUUUUCUUUAAAAAAUCUUUAACCACCUUCCCACUUUAAAGUUACACAGUUCUAUUAAGAAGCAAUAAACUAAGUAUGUAGUGUAUUAAAAGCUUGCUAAACAAUUUGUAUGCUAUAUGAACAGGUUGUCUGAUGGAUAAGUUUCACCAUUUCUUCUGGAAUAUAGAAAAGAGAGGCCAGCUUUAGAGUUUAAGGUUCAAAAUCCAGUGAAGAGUGACUUAAGAUUCAAAAUCCAGAUCUGUCUUCGAUGACUGACUGCUUUAGUGCCAUUGAUGGAGGUGGAGCUUUCAGGGGGCCAACAUACAGGGGUCUUUUCUCUAACUCUUCUCCCUUGGAUACAAUGGGCUGCAUUUUAAUAUGGGGAAGUGGUUGUAGCAUAGCUAUUGAAGUUGCUUGCUUUAGGGUGGUAAUAGUAGUAUAUUGUCAUUACAUCUUGGGAUAAAAACAGUAGGCCUGUGGAAGUCAGAUAAAAGGAAUUUCCAAUGUCAGAAAUCCCUACCCUUGCCACCAGGAGGCAGCCAAAUACAGGGCAAGUGCUCUGGGUACUCCGGUGGUGGUGGUGGCCCUUUAAAUGUGUGCCCAACGCUGGAGCAGCUGGUGUGGUGGGGUGGGCAGGAAGUGAUGCCAGACAGCGUAGGGAGCCUGCCUGCCUGCUGGGCUGGACGCACAGACCUCAGACUUAGAAGCCCACACGUCCUCCCAGAAGAAAAAUACACUGCCUCCUGGUGGUGAGGGUAGGGAUUUCCGAUAUCGGAAAUCCCUUUUAUCCAGCUUGCAAAGGCCUCAUAAGCAGUGCAUUCAUGUUGUAAAGAAUUUCUUUCUUUAACAUUAUCUCAUGCAGUUCACUCUUUGGGGAAUAUCUCAGGCCUCAAAUAAUACAUAGCAAAAUCAAUAUAGUGCUUUGUUCCAUGAGAUAGAGUAGUGCAAGGUGUGACUUGUACAAACUAUGAAGUAAAAUAAAUGCCGUUAGCUUUCUUCAGCUAUUAUAAACCAUUGCUUUGUACUAUAGCUUUCCUUUAUAUUAUAACAUUUAAAGAAUUUGUUGUACAGUAUUUGAGUGUAAGAUGCAAUAGUUAUUUUUUAGGACUGGAAGAAAUCUUUUUUACUAAAACCGUUUCCAGUAUUUUUGAAAAAGUUUUAUAAAGUAAUGUAUUGCUAUGAAUUUGAUUUCAACAAUUUGAAGUGCUCAUAUAAUGACAAAUGCAUUAUGAAAAUGUAGGGAAUUUAUUCAAAGUUUUGUGAACGGCAUUGCUACCUCAAUGAAGGUUACUUGCCUUUUUUAUACUGUUGCAAAUAGAAAAAAUGCUUAUUUUUCAAAUUGCUAUUUAAAUCAGCUUUUUAACAUGAAUCAAAAUCAACCACUUCAAACUAAUGUAUUUUUGUAUAUUUGAGUUUCAUAGCUAGUCACUAUAGUUUUGGAGGCUGACGUUAUACUUCUAAAGCUUAAUAUCUAUGACUUAUUGCAAUAGUUCUUACCUAAUUAGCUGUGAUUGGGAGUGAGAAUUGCUAUUAAUAUAUGAAAUUAGAAAACCAAUACGUUUUUAUACAUUCAAACGAAAACCAAUUUUUAUAGCUGAUCAAAGAAUCACCCAUGUAAUAACAAUGUGAAACUACUUACUUUGAAUUGAAUUCCUGUAUUUUGCAUUUAUGAAUUUAUAGCAUAGUCCUUGUUAAAUGAUCCCUUUCUUCCAGUUUAACAUAGUUAAAAUGUCUCUAAAAUAAUAUGGGGAAUAGGAGGCCUGUGCUGAGCCUCUACUAACCAGUUUGUUUCCUCUACUCAGUGAAAAAUGUGAUCUCAUAACAGCCUGGUGGGCCAAGAGGCAGUGUGAAAAUGAAGGUUCUCUAUAGAUCAUACCAGAGAUUCUUUUAUAUUGAGCCAUUUUAGUUCCUGCUGUAAAAAUUAUUUUUUGUAUAAAAUAACAGUAGUUAAAUUGCGUGGGCAGGUGGCAUGAUUAUUCCAGAAAUGAUCAUGACAGCUUUCUUCAGAUUGCAAGCAUUAUAUCUCCCUCCACUCUUAAAACUGCGCUUCAGAAUAUCUGUAUUUAUACUUUGAAAAUGUUCUGAUAUGUAGCCAUUUUAUAUAUACCACUUUUCAGAUGAUCUAAAGGAAAACGAGUAAUCUUUUUACAUAAGCAUGUUCCCUAGGAGUAUGGUUCCUUAUUAAUAUAAACUUCAGUUUGUCAUGUAUAUUGUUUGUGUGUGUGUGUGUGUUGUAUUUUGGUUUUUUUAAAUUAGAUGCUAGGUAGUCCUUAGACUGAACUUCAUAAGAAAUAUGUUUUCUUAUGUAAUUAAAACCUUUUUGGAAAUGGU